AUUAGAAUGUAGAUAACUCCACCUCUAUUUAAAAGAGCCAGAAGCUCAACUUCCUUUGGCUUAACAGACUUGUGCUUAAACACAAUUCUCAAGCCCACCUUGAUCAUAUUUUUACCUCUGUAGUUAGAUUAAAGGGUUCUCAAAUUUCAAGUAUAUCUUUUCCCUCAAGAUGAAGAUCUUUAAUUGGAUUCAAAACAAGAUUAAUGGAAAGCAAAGCACCUCCAAGCCCAACCCAGUAACCGUCACUCAUCAAAAGGUGCAUCAACCAUGCAAAGAAGAAUUCAGUGACUGGCCUAAUGAACUGCUUGCUAUUGGGACAUUUGGCAAAAACAGUAUUCCAAAAAAUACUGGGAAUUUGAAUCAACCAGAUGAAAAACUUACACCUGAAGAAGUUGGACAGCUUAACAAAGAACUAAAACAUCUAAUUCCUCAGUCAGCCAAGGGAUCAAAUAAAGAUCUUGACAAAUUCUUUGACUGUCUCCAGAAAUUAGAAGCUGAAAAUUCAGAAAAUAAAGAGAGCAAUUUCAAGCGGAGUAACAGUCUUGUUUGUGGUAGAGGACAAGAAUCUGCUCAACUGGAAAACACAAACAAUGGUAUUAGCAGAAAAUCUGUGUCUUAUCUUCUCAAGAAGACAUUUCUCUGCAGUGAUGGAUUCACACCCCCUCCCCCUUACCCUUUGAGAGAUCCAGUACUUCCACAGUCAAAAUUUGAGAAAUCAAGAAUGGAAAAGAUUUUGAGGGCCAUACUACACAAAAAGAUAUAUCCUCAAGCAACUAGUCCAAGGGGUACCACAAGAAAGAGAUACCUAGACAAUAGAUGUGAGCUUGAGAGUGAUAGUGAAGAUGAAAUAUUUGAUACUGUGAAGAAUGGAAGUAAAUGGGACAAAUCAGAUUCUGAUUUCAUUGUACUAGAGAUUUGAUUGGCCUCUUAGCCAGUUCUUGAAAAGAUGAGAAUUAUUUCUGUGAAAUACCAAUUCAGAUUCUUCUUAAGGUUUUUUUGGAAGAGAUGAAAGAAACAAACUUUUCCAUCUGCUGGUGCUGUGUUAUCACAAGGAGUGCAUAAUAUUUCACUUGAUUUUUGCCAUGGCUACAUAAGAAUUUCUGUUUUUUGUCAUGGUUGGAAGAGAAAUAUUUUGUCAAUGUUGAAAUCUAUGUUGUGCAGACUUUCCAAAAUGAUAUUGCGUCCGUGUCGGAUCCUCCGAAAAUAUAAUACUUUUGAUAGGACCCGGCAUGUACCUAACGAUAUUUUCGGAAAGUACGAAUACAUAGGUUGAAAUCAUAGCAAGAGUGAGUGAGGGUUUGCAAAAUUGGAAUUGCUUCUUUUAAUGAUACAUAAAUAGCACUAUACCUUUUGUCUUUUCUGGUGUUAUA